AUGGCAAUCGAUUACGGCCAACGCCGUGGGGCGACAUCCAGCGGGCACUCCAAGCGCAAAGGUCUCCGAGUACAGCGGAAUCUGGUGUCAGCUGCGAAGGUCCAGCCGGCCAGAGGAGCUGAGCAGACCUAUCCGCUGCGGGCCGCCUUUUCCAGCGGAGUCCGCAGUCCGCAACAUGUCUGCCUGCAGCUCUGCGUUGCCAUGUCUCGUUGCCUCGCAGCUGAGCGGAAGGACGAGAAGCCUUCGCGUACCCCGCUGCUCAAGGAGCGGCAGUGGGGCAGACUCCUAUGGACCGUGGCGGGCGACCUUGGCAUGGACACGGUGGCGACAGCGACGGCCGCACACUUCUUCCAGCGCUUCUGCUUGUCCGAGCGGCAGGGUGACUUUGAUCCACAUCGCUUGGCAAUCGCCUGCAUCUGGUUGGCAUCGAAGGUGCGGGAGUCUCCGUGCCGUUUGCGGGACAUCGUGAAUUCUUUCGAGAUCUUCUUGGACAGGGUGCAGGAUGAGAAAGGCAUGCCCAUGGAGACAUACUGGGCGCUGCGUGAUGACGUGGUGGCCCAUGAGCAGGUGCUUUUGCGGGCAAUGGGCUUCGAUGUGGAGCUCACGCCUGCCUAUGCAUACCUUACGGAGUUUGCUUGGCUCGUCAGCAGCGAGUCCAGCGACGCGCCAGUGCUUUCGCUGGCGUGGACUCUGCUGAACGAUGCUUUUCGCAGUGAAGUUUGCGCCAUGGCGUCGCCCGAUCGCCUUGCCCUGUCCUGCCUGCUGUUGAGCUUUGAGAUGAGCCGCCGGGUGCCGGAGCAUCAGCUGCCUGCAGAUCGGCUGGCCCAGAGGUUGGAUCGCCUGCUGCGCGAGCCGCAGCUCGAAGGCUUCCUGGGCCUGAGCCAAGACCGCGGGGCCGACGAGAUCGAGGACAUCUGCAAUGACCUGCUGACAGUAGAUGUGCAGCAGGCCUUCGUGCGGAUGGGCGGGUCGAGGCAUGCUUGCCACAUGAUGAUGCUCAGGCUGAACGACGAGCAGAUCGUCACUCACGUGGUACGGCUUCUGGCAGCCAGCGUGGAGAAUGCGCCUCUCGCGGCAGAGGCGCUUCAGCGAGACAACCUGGACAAUGUGAAGCUCAUCAUGCGAUCCAUGGAGCGCCACUUGGCCAGUGCCGAGGUCUCCGAGGCAGGAUGCCUGCUCAUCGGCCACCUUUGCUCGGGAACGGCAGCAAAGAGCGGAGACCUGAAGCCCGUGCGGGUGAAGGCCCACCGCGACUGUCAGAACUCCCUCUGCCGGGAAGGAGCGAUGGAGACAAUCGUGGACAUCUUGACCCUGCACAUGAAGGAGGUGCGACGCUCUGCAAACAGAGCGCACAUGAUGAUGCAGGAAAAGUUGAAAGAGGCGGAGAUCAAGCGCCAGCGACAGGAGGAAGUUGACCUGGGACUGGUUCGUGAGCGGGCGCCAGUCAACGGUGGCUUCGGCGGAUUCUCCAAGAUGGGCCUGAAGGAUCGUAUCAUGAAGGUCCAGGCCAACCUUGAGCUCAGAGGUGCCUGGCAGACGCUCGUGGACAAAGAGGUCAUGGGUGGGCGUGUGAUGAAUGCAGCGUUGCAGGCACUGCUCUUGCUCGUAGUUGGCAAUUCCGGGGCGUUGCGGCAGCUCUCCGGCAACUUCUUCGCCUACCACAUGAACAAGCUGUUGGACCUGGGUGAAGAGUUUCUCGAUGCCGCGAAGGAAGCGAAGGAAGAGAAGGACAUGCGCCGGGGGCGGGGGCAAAGAAAAAGCACAGGAGAAGAAUCAGAGUCCGAAGCAGGGGAGGACGGCAAAAAACCGCCCAGGAUGCGGAACAAGAUGGGAAGGGUGGAGGUACCGGUGGGCCAGGAGCGCCAGGCCAUGGGCUCGCUGGAGUCUUUGGCUCUCAAGUGUCAGGUGCUGGUGGACGCCCUCCGCGGCCAUGCGGCAAAGGACCGACCUGCCAUCGCGAUCAAAGCCUGUCGCCUGUGUCUGCUCAUCUUCGAGCACCACAAGGCGAACGUGCAGAAGGCGAAUGACCAGGGCCGGAACCGGUGUCGCCACGUGGAGCUCAAGCUCGGACACACCGUGGUCGAGGAAGACAGGCAGUUUGAAGAGGUUUUCAAGCAUUUGGCCAGCAUGAAGACAGCCCUCAUCAGCACCCUGCAAACGCACAAUGAGAACUCUGCCGUCAUCAGCGCUGUGUUCUCUGUGCUGGCGAACCUCAGAGAGCUGGCUUUGCUCUCGGCGCCUGCCGGCAUGCCAGUGGCUGGCUCUGCCGUCGAGAAGCACUGGCAGGCAGCGCUGGUGCAAGCUGGGGGUGAGGAUACCGAAUGGAUCAUCCGCCAGGCCGCACUGCGGCUACGCCGGGCCCUAGAAGAGACGAAGAAGGGGGACCAUCGGAUCGAGACGCAAAACAUCCGACCCCAGGACCUCCGGGGCAACGGAGAGUGGCUCACCCCACGGCUGCGCGAGGAGGUCAAGAACAUGGUGGAAGUGGCCGAGGGCCUCGGCGCGGACGCCUUCAAGGCUCGCUGGGCAGAUUCCGAGGAGCCAGAUCGGUGGAAUGUCAUCUACCGAAAGCAGCAGCAGUUGGCAGCACAAGCCAAAUACAGGGAAGACAAGAUCAAGGCCAAGGAACUGGGCAUCACCUACGAAGAGUUCCACCGCCGGGAGCUUGAGGAGAUUGCAAGAAGAGAAGCAGAAGAAGAUGAGUCCAGCAGCAGUGGCAUAUCGGGCUUCACCGCCAGAGAGGCCGAGGACGUCGGCGAGGUGGUCGUGGCGACAGAGGAGGAGUUGAACUUCGAGGAGGAGGAUGUCUUCGGGCUGCAGCAGUGGGUCCGUGCCAUUGGCUUCGGCCAGCACGACGAGGAAGACUUCGAUCGAGUGUGGCGAAAGCCUGUCACAGACGCCUUGAUGCGUGCGCUGCCAGCGCGGGCUCCUCCGGGCAGCGUGUGGGCCAUUGAGGCCGCUCAGCGUCGCCGAGAGAUCAUCGAGCAGGCGGAGAAGAGCGGCGAGCCCCUGGAGGAUCCCGAUAUGGACGAGCUCCUGCAGAUCGAAAUGCUGGAGUCGCUGCAGGGCAAGCUGAAGAUCAGGGCCUUGGUUCGUGCCCAAGACCAGAUCCAGACCAACAUCAUCGAGGGCAAGGAUGCGAAGGGUAACGAACUCCUCGACCCCGGGGAGACCUCCAAGUCCAUCAUCCAAGAAGUUGCCAAAGGCUUCAAGAAGCAGGGCUACAUGGUUCCGAAGUAUGGCUUCUCGGUCCGACUUCAGAAGCGUGCAAUGUCGAUGACGCAGCUUGCACAAGAGGCGGCUGCGCAGAAGUGA